CUAAAUGUUUAUACUAAUAUUGCCAUCUGAAAUACGCGAGGUUAUCUUUAGUUCACUAGAAGUAAAAGAUGUCCUACAGUGCCAAUUAACGUGUAAAUCCUGGAGUGGGCCCGCUACCCAAAGAAUAAUCUAUAAAAACAUUGAUGGAUUAAUGAAGAGGAAAGACAAUGUAAAACACUUUAUUGAAACCAUUAGCACUUCAUCAAGUGGGUGCGGAGAAUUUGUUAAAUUUCUGGAUGUGAGGGUAUUAUUCUCGAAAAAAUAUAUCACAGCUGAAAUGAUGGAAACCAUUGGUAAAUUUUGCCCCAAUGUGGAACGAAUAUCUGGAUAUGAUACAGAUGAUCUGUUUUGUGCCUGUAUCACGUAUGGUCGUAAUUUGGGUUACUGGAAACACAUUCAACAAUUACCUAGCGUUUCAUAUGUUUCUAAUUUUACAGCUGAAGUCUAUUACGAUUCUAUACUAGCCUGCGCCGGCUCUUUGCAGACCUUGGAGCUUAACUUGAGCAACCAUUUUGUAGGAAAUGAAUUUUGCGUCAUAAAGAAUACCAUUAUAAACAACAUACGCUUAUUCUCCAGCCUUAAACACAUUCAACUUAAAAAAAUACGUGGAGAAAUAUCGAAUUUGGAUGAUAUCGUCUCCCACUGCUCAAUAUCCGUCGACUCUAUAUCUAUUUCGCACUGCAACGAUAGACAAUCAGCAAUAUCAAGUAUAAAAAACCUUGAAGUUCUUCCAAACAACAAUAUAAAACAUCUCGAAUUAGACUUUUGCAAUUUAAAUCAAAACUCGAUACAGUACUUAAUACAGAAGUUUUCUGGGAUACAACAGCUUAAUAUAUCAUCUUCGUGGGAUGGUUUCAUAGAGCUAAACAGUACUUUCAAAAGGAAUUUCUUUCGAUAUAUGUCAAGCAUUCCAAAAUUCACAUUAUCGGGUGUAACAAAUGUUGAAGGAGAAAAAAUGUGCAUGUCACUCAUAACCUAUGUAUCCUCAUCCCUAGCAAACGCAACAAGGAAACAUAAUACCAUUAAUGCAAGCAUAUCAUAUCAUUACGACUGUUACUCUAGAUUAGAUAAUCUUGUCUCAAACCUAAGCGUCGCUCAAUCUAAAAAAACCUAUUACGAUGAACCUUCAAUUAUCGACAUUAGUUUGAAGUUUUAUAGUCACACGAGAAAUUUAAACCGAUCAAGAACAAUUAUGAACGAGUACCUUUGGAAGCAAUGUGGAUCAAAGUUAUCCCGAAUUAGUGUUUGUCCAAAUAUACAAGAAUAUGAUGACGAAUAUCCAAAGAGACCAGUACAUAGUUAUAUGAUUGAUAGAAAUGAAUUAGACAUAAUAUUAGAGAACUGCACUUCCCUAAUUGAACUCGAAAUCGGGCGUACAAAUAUAUCUUAUUCCUCCUUACAUAGCUCAGGCAAGCCUAAUAAAUCAAUAUCAACUCUCAAAUUGAGUGGUUGUUGGUUUGCUCCGUCUAUUCUUACUGGACUGUCGAUCCGACUUCCUUCACUGGCACAUCUGACAAUUGCCAAUUGUGUUUUUCUCAAUACACCUCGUCGUGACAGACUGGCUCAAAUCAACAUGCCAAAUACUUGUUUCCAAUCCAUCAAUCUGGUAUGGUCACACGAUCAUGCAGAUAUCUGGAAAAAGCAUGAUACGUUUCAUGUCAAAGUUAGUUUCGGUUUCUCUACCAUCAAAAGAGAUAUUUUUUUCUGUGGAGAUCAGACCCAGAUAAAAAAAUCUACGGCCGUGAAAUAUAGGGUUGCUAUACUGGAAUGCAUGCCGUUCGAGAUAAAUAUCAAUUGCAAGGAUAUUUCGAAUUUUUCAAUCAAGAUCGAAAAACAAAGAAAUAUUUUUUAUGAUUUGAGAGAUAUCAACUUAUAG